AUGCUGGAGCUCCCAGAAGAUCAAUUUGUGAACGGUAACCGCUACGAAGACGAAUGUGAUAGCUCCGUUCGGUACAUGUUAUACCACUCCCGGUCGCAGGAAGAAAACAAGAUGUUUGACGACUAUUACCUCCGCGGUCAUACAGACAAAGGAACAUUGACAUUCCUUUUCCAACAACCAAUAGCAGCAUUGCAAGUGCAGCGAGUGCAAGCAGACUGGGAACAUUUGAGGAUCCCCGCCGGCACUGUCGCAGUGAAUAUUGCCGAUGCAUUGCAGUUUCUCACCAAUGGGUAUCUGAGAAGUGGCUUACAUCGGGUGAUGGCGCCACCAAAAGACCAGGUGCAUAUGGAUCGGUUGGGGCUUGUGUAUUUUGUGCGUCCGACGGAUAAGUUGCCUUGGAAGUCGCUGGAUAGUCCAUUUCUGAGGAGGGCAGGUCAUGCGAAGACCACUGAGCAUGAUAGGGAUAUGUCUGGACUAGAGUGGUGGAGGGCAGGUGUGAAGGCUCGCAAAGGAGCAAAUUAUAUGAAAGAUACAGCUCGAAGUACUUAG